AUGGAGGAGCGCAGCCCCUACAAGAGGAGCUGCCCGCAGGCCGGCGGCGGAGGGGGCAGCAGCGGCGGCGGCGGGGCGGCCGUCGGAGGAGGCCGGGCCCACCUGCGCGGGGCCGGAGCCGGCGCCGCGGAGCCCGAGCCGGACCUGGAGGCCAAGAUCCGGCAGGCGGUGGAGUUCAAGGCCGAGGGCGGGCGCUGCUACAAGCAGAAGAAGUUCCGCGAGGCCAUCGGGAAGUACCACCGGGCGCUGCUGCAGCUCAAGGGGCUCGAGGCCGAGGAAGGCAGCAGCCCGUUGCGAAGGGCCGGCUGGCAGCAGCGCCUCUCCGAGGAGCAGCGGGCGCUGGUCGAGGGCACCGAGAUCGAGUGCUACAACAGCCUGACGGCCUGCCUGUUGCAAUCAGAGCUGGUGAACUAUGAGAGAGUGCGGGACUAUUGCCUCAAGGUGCUUGCCAAGGAGAAGAGGAACUUCAAAGCCAUGUACCGGGCGGGAAUCGCCUUCUACCACCUGGGCGACUAUGACAACGCCCUGCUGUAUUUGAAAGAGGCCAAGAGCCUGGAGCCGGCAGACACCAAUGUCUUACGCUACAUCCAGCUGACAGAGAUUAAGAUCAGCCGCUGCAGCCAGCGGGACAAGGAGAUGAUUGCGUAGCUGGGCCCCCACUCCCCAUCGGCGACAGACAAGAGGCUUCUUGCACGUGGUGCCGGCCGUGCCCAGAACCCACCACCCGCUGCACUCCAGGACCCAGGAAGAUGCCACCAGGUGCCCAGCGAGGCCCUGGCAGGUGCCACUGCAGCCAUAGAGCCCCCAGCUCAGAGCUAUGCCUCCCUCGAAGGACAGAUCAGGACUUGACAAUGUAGCAUUUUGCCAAAACACUGUUGGGGGCUGCUUCUUUCUGCUUUGCCUUUUUCUAUA